AUGGCAGCGCUGGUAGGAACGGUGAGCCCUUUUGACGAUGAGACACAAUUAUGGGAGGAAUACAUCGAAAUGUUGGAGUUUUUCUUUCAAGCAAACGGCAUUGAAGACGCUGGGAAAAAGAAAGCUGUGCUAUUAAGUGGGGUAGGUGCAACCACUUAUAGUUUAUUGAGAAGUUUACUGUGCCCGAUGACUCCAGGGGAGAAAACUUAUGAUGAGUUGAUAAAAGUGCUCAAAGAUCAUUACAAUCCAAAGCCGAGUGAAAUCGUUCAAAGAUUUAAAUUUAAUUCACGCACUCGGAAGAAUGGAGAGUCUGUUGCUGACUAUGUGGCGGAGUUAAAAAAGCUAGCACAACAUUGUGAGUACGGGGCAACGCUUUCACAAAUGCUGCGGGACAGACUCGUGUGUGGUGUGAAUGACGACAGGAUGCAGAGACGGCUUUUGUCGGAAGCUGACUUAAACUUUGAUAAAGCACUUAACAUCUGUCAGGCAAUGGAAUCGGCGAGCAAAAAUGUAAAAGAUUUGCAAGGAAUGCUAACAGAUGAGACAGCGCAGGCAACGAGAAUGCUAAAGGGACAAACUUCGGUGCAUAGAGUAUACUCAUCAGAUAAGAAAAGCCCGAAAAAAGACUUGGUGUGUUACAGAUGCAAAGGAAAUCAUGCGCCCGAGGAAUGCAGAUUUUUGAACGAACUCUGUCAUAAAUGUGGGAAGCGUGGACACAUAAAACGAGCAUGCAAGUCGAAGCAAGCUGGGGCUUUUUCACCGAAAGCACGGUACAAAGGACCAAGAAUGGAGAGGAAGGAAAAAGAGAAAGGUAGGAGAUCACAUUUAGUCAAAGAGGAGGAAGUGAGUGAUGCUGAGGAUGCAAACAACAUCAAUACGAUUUACAGUGUCACAAAACUUACCCAAAAGUGGCUCCUAUCACACAAAAGUUAA